UACAUGUCGGCAGAAAACUAAAUUUUGCACUGAACCAACGAGCUGUCACACAAGUUAUUGUGGAAAAAUAUUUUAAUUAAAAAUUGUUAUCUUGUUACGAUUUACUCGUCUUAUUCAAUUCAAUAUGCUGAUCAAGGUUAAGACGUUAACCGGAAAAGAGAUUGAAAUCGAUAUUGAGCCGACUGAUAAAGUUGAACGUAUUAAGGAACGUGUAGAAGAGAAGGAAGGGAUUCCACCACCACAGCAGAGGCUUAUCUUUUCAGGAAAACAAAUGAAUGACGAGAAAACUGCUGCUGAUUAUAAAGUCCAAGGAGGAUCUGUAUUACAUUUGGUGUUGGCUCUGCGUGGUGGUUUAUAACUGUUUUCCCCAUCUCAUUGUCAUGUAAUAACAAAUUUAACAAUGGAAUACAAAUCUGAAAAAUAA